GCAGACGGUGUUUGAGAACACGCCCACUUUCAUACACGGCUGAAAUAUAAAAAUGUGACUUCCUCCUUCAGCUCUGUAGAUCUCUGGUCUUGUUUCCACUGCUGUUUGAACAGAAGAUCUCUGAAUUUCAGGAAAUCUGAGCUGUGCGUUCAGUGGUGGUGUUGAAGAUGCCGUUCCUCCUGCCGCUCCUUGCCCUCCUCCUCCUGUCCGCCGCUCCCACAGUAACUGAAGUUGUGACAGCGAUGACGGCCUGUGACCAAUACUUUCUUAACCAGGCUCCACCACAGAUCGGGGGAAUCUUGGUGGGAGGGAACAUCCUGGACCAGAACAGAUACAAGACCAUUUGCCAGACCUUGAAGAACUUGAGAACAUUUGUGACACUCUACGACACCACCAACAAGAUCCCAGUGUUCUCUGCUUACAGGUACACUGGGACAACAGCAGGGAGACGUACAAAGUGGAAGAUAGAGCCACAGCUUGAGCAAAUAAAUGCGCAGAACCAAAACAUGAAGUCGGAACAGAGAGGGAAGAGCUACAUUCAUCAGGCCGUUAAUACUGAUUACGUUAACACCCUAGGAUUCAACAGAGGGCAUUUAUUACCAUGCUCCUAUGGUUUUAACCAAAAUGACAAAUUUUCGACCUUUACCCUGACCAACAUUGUUCCUCAAGUAAUAUCAUUUAAUUCGGGUAGCUGGAGUAGUAUGGAGACCUGUGUUCAAUGUGUCCUUGAUACAUACUGCAAGGACGCAAAUGGCAGAACUGAAGGCUUUGUGGUGAUCGGAGCACGGCCUGGCAACAACCUCCUCAACAGCAAGGUUAAUAUUCCCUCCAUGCUCUGGUCAGCUUUCUGCUGCUACAGCAGCAGUCAGGGGGCGUGGUUAGCAAGUGCACACUGGGGUGACAACAUUCCUAAUGGAGGUCCAAAGCUUCAGACCAAGACCUUGGACCAGCUCCAUCAAGAACUGGGAGCACCUUCUGAAGUAUUCCCUGGAACACACUGUCCACUCCACACCACUGUCACCAACCUUUACCCUAAACUCAGUAAGGCCUGUAAGUGCUAAUGACCCGUUUCAACAUCUGUAUCUCCAUAACCUGGUCCUCUUACUACCACAUCUGGCCCUGGCACUACCACAUACCUGAGUAACAACAAGAAGGGGUUUUGGGCCCAUAAAAAUAAAAGAUCAUUAACCUAAUCAAGCAGUGAAGAAACAACGACCACUAACUUUUCUGUGUUACUAACAUAUAAGAGAAACUUACCUUUUUCUCUUGUUCCAUUUGAUUACUCGAGUUUUAACAUUGUUGUGAUGUGAUCUUAAGAAUAGUAUGAGAGUGUCCGACUAUACCUUGAAGAACAUUUUGAAACUAACAAUUUAGCAGCAAUUAAAUCUCACUUACUUAUAGCACAUUGUAGUUUAGCUUUUUUUGAAGAAAUUGUACUUUCUUGAUUCUUGUUGUUGUGGGUUUGUACCCUCAUGGUUGAUGCACUUAUUGUGAGUCGCUUUGGAUAAAAGCUUCAGCUAAAUGAAAUGUAAAGUAAAGAAUGAAUUCUUUGCAGCAUCCUGUGUUUUUUCCAUGCAGCUCAUAUUACUCUAAACCAAUCUUUAAAUGCGAUAUCAUUCUGCUCUCUGAUAUUUUUGAAGUUUGUUGUUUAAAAGUGUACGGCUUCUUAAUGUAACUUUGAUUUCCAUUAAAGACUGUGACUAGAUUCAA